GGCAAGCCUCUCCUCUAGCCAGCCGUCCCCUCACCCUGGCAAGACUUUCGCUUGGCCUAGCCUCUAUGACGAAAGUCGAGGUGGACAGCCAAAGAGGAAGAAGAGCCACAAGAAAAAGCGGGGUGCAUCCAUCGAUUCUUCGAUCCACCCCGCGCCGCACGGAAAGGUGGGGAUGGCUUGCUCGCUCCUUUUGGAUGUCUAGGCCAUCGAGUGGGUGGCGAGUGGCUUUAUCAAUCGUCAUGGCUGCCACUUUCGAUCUUGUAUUACGUCUCGCCGCGGAGCUCUUGCCUGCCCAAGGCGAGGAGAAGAAGCGCGCGUCCCGCACUGCACGAAGAGGGGCCACUACUUUUGCACUACUAGCAACAACUCUGGCUGCCACCUAAGACGUCCUGUGCGACUACUAGCGUCGCACUGCCUCUCAUUUGUGACCAGACACGGCAGUUGGGUCGGAUCAGAUUGACGGGUCACGUUGCCUUGAUGGCCAAUCCAGGCUAAUCUAACCUUACCAAGUAGCGCAUAAGCCAACGCUUCGAUAAAGCUUAACUCUACGCAGACCGUUAUCGCCAGCCACAGACUUGGA